AUGAAGAAUUCUUCUACUAAAUUCGCAUUUGGACUUGAGGAAGAUGAAUGUCCGAGAGGGACUGUUCCAAUCAGAAGAAUAACAAAAGCUAAUCUCAUCCAAAGCAAAUUAUUAUUCAAUGAUCAUGUCUUAGGUGGAAGUUUUCCCGGUGUCCAUGUUGCAGAAGUUUAUAUGGGAUCAUUAUAUGGUCCUUAUUACAAAGUUACUGGAAUUAAUAGCAUUUAUAAUCCAAAAAUUGAGAGAAAAGAACAAUUGAGUUUUUCUUAUAUGUGGGUUCGAAACGGACCUAUAGAUGCUGCAAACAAAAUCUCUGUGGGAUGGCAUGUGGCUCCACAAAUUUAUGGUGACAGUGUAACUUAUAUUUUCGCAGCAUGGACGUCCGAUAAUUUCAAAAAAACAGGAUGCUACAAUAUAUAUUGUUCAGGAUUUGUUCAAACUGAUCCAGCAAAAUAUCUGGGUUCUCCUGUGAAUGAAACAUCAACCUACGGUGGAACAAUGAUCGAGCUUCCAAUUUCUAUUUCACAGGACCCAAAGACAAAUAAUUGGUGGUUAAAUGUGGAUGGAGCAAAUAUUGGAUAUUUUCCAUCAAAAUUGUUCUCGAACAUGAAUUCAGCCGAUGAAGUGGGUUGGGGUGGAAGAACAAUAACUCCUGCUAACACUCCGAGUCCUCCAAUGGGGUCUGCAUAUUUUCCAGAUAAAAAUUUUGUUCAUGCGUGUUAUUUUAGAGAAGUCUCCUUUCAAAACGAAUCAAGACAUGAUUAUGGACCUCGAAUAUCUCAGACAAGAUUACGCAAUGACAAUUCUGAUUGUUUUGGAGUUGACUAUUAUGGAAAUCUCGCACGAGAGGUUGGAUAUUCUCUCCAAUUUGGAGGACCCGGUGGUAAAUGUGAUAAUUGA